ACAGUUUUGACUUUUUGUGAAAACUUUCCAUUAACGUUGACCAGAAAUUGAAUAGAUCCAUUGUGCAGUUCAUGAUGAAAAUGAUCCAGUGUUUACCUUUUAUCAAGAAGGGAGAUGUGGGUGAACUCAGUCCUUUGAUUUUCAAGGAAGGCAGGCUCCAAGAUGAUGAGAUGGGACAGGCAGGGAGCAGUCGCUGUCCACAAGCGGAUGGUGCUGAAACGCAGAGCGAUCUGCAGUCUGAGCUCGGCCCCCAGUGGCUCUGCCAGCAGUAUAAGCAGCACUGCCGAAACAACAAAGUCAACGGCUGUGUCAAGUACCUGAUGUUCCUGUCCAACUUCAUGUUUACAUUGCUGGGCUACCUGAUUCUUGGGAUCGGGGUCUGGGGACUCAUAGACAAAGAAUCUCUGGAGCUGGCCAACAUCAGCUCUCUGAGCACAGACCCAAUGCUGGCGUUCGUUGUUGUGGGACUGAUUGUUGGUGUUUUUCCUUGCUCUGGUUGCGUGGGGGCCCUGAGGGAGAACCAGUGUCUGCUGAAAUUCUUCGUGGCUGGCAUCAUCAUGUUCGUGACGGCGGAGAUCAUAGGCGGGAUCGUGGUCUACGCCCAGAGGGAUAGAAUCGAACACUUUCUGAAGAACGGCAUGACCCUGGGCGUCAAGAGGUAUCAGGACGAUCCCGAUGUUCGGUUCAUUAUCAACGAGAUCCAACAAGGGUUAAUGUGCUGCGGGGUCGAGUCCUAUCACGAUUGGCAAUUAAACAUGUAUUUUAACUGCAGCUCUCCAGGUGUCCAUGCGUGUGGAGCCCCUGCUUCAUGUUGCAUCAAUCCUCAAGAAAAUGGCACAGUUAUAAACUCUCAGUGUGGCUUCGGCACUCUACAUAUGGAAGAAGUGACAGCCCAGAAUUAUAUUUACCUACGUGGGUGCAUGUCACAGCUCACUAGUUGGUUUAAUAGCAACAUAGAUUCAAUUGGUGCAAUUGGUGUAAUUCUCAUGGUUAUUCAGCUACUUGGGUUAAUUUUUGCAAUGAAGAUACUGAGUGACAUUGAACUGAUCAAAGCACAUUGGUAGCAAAAUAUAACACCUUAUAUUCCUGCAACACUAUAUAUUAAACUUCAACUAAUGGGUGGGCGGAAUCUGUUGACUGAACUGUUCCCCAUGUAUCUGCAGUCCUUAUGAUCUUUGUUCCAUAUUAUUGUUGGCAUCUGAGUCUUAUACAACCCACUCCUGAAACGGAGAUUUAUAUAAAUCCAAGCUCACAUUGUUGUCUGUUACUGAAUUCUUUUUCUGAGUUUUUUUCUGCGAUUUUAUUAUUUAUCAAACAAAGCAUUGUUAUGAAUGGAAUACAGAAGUUAAGUGUACUGAGAGAAUUUUGGUCCAUGCAAAAAGAAGUGGUUGUAGUAUUAAAUAUUUUAUUCUGCAUCUCCGUAUGUAGAGUUACUUAAUUUUUGUUCUUAAAAAAUGUAGAUUUUUCUCACU